AUGUAUGGACUAGUGACUCGGUUGCGUGGGCCGUCUAGAAUAUCUUACCCCGAGGGCAAUAAGCCGUCAGAGAUACCUUCACAUCCAUUGCCGAAUUCAAAAAGAAAACUCGAAGAACUAUCCCGUGCCCGAGAGGGCACGUUACCGGCGUCAAACUGGUUUCCUCGUCAUGACGAACUCAGACAUGACGCCGGCGACGAUAGCCUGAUAUGGACCCAGACACCCUCCAACUCUGAUGAGAGGGCUGAGAGGACAAGCUCCAGAACGAAAUUACCCAUGAGAUCUAGCAUUGCUUGUGUGCGAUGUAGGAGAUCAAAGAUAAAAUGCAAUAACGAUGGAGGCCAUAGUCCCUGCGAUCAUUGCGUCAAGGGAAGCCACCAGUGCCAAUAUCCCGAGCCGGCCCCUAUUCCACAAAAACGAAGCGAAUCUCAAGCCGCGGUUAGAUCAGAAAAGGAACCACACCCGGAAAAGAAAAGAACAAGGAAACUUGACGAUGUGCCUGGGCGUGACAGCGAGAGGUCGACUGCUUACGCAGCAGAAGUUCUCGCAUAUCCCUUUUUGACAACUGAACUUUGGAGUCAACUGCUCAGCAUCUACAAACAGCAUUAUGCAACAGAACUUCCCUUCAUCCAUCUGCCAUCGCUCAAGGAAAGGAUGGUCACUGAACCUGGACAGAAAAAGGACUGUUCGUCUGAGCUGAACAUGGUGCUACUCGGAAUUUUGACAAUGACAGCUCGAUUCCAUCCGGACUUGGUACGCUACGUGACGCAUUUACAGAGCUCACAGCAUGGACAUGCCCGACCACGUACAUCACAGCCCCAAAAGAACCCAUUGGCUGCUUCUGACUUUUUUGCUACCGUUCUCACUACAGCCCUAGGUCCUCUACGGACGGCCAUGGACACCAUAACUGUGGAGAGAAUCCAGGCAUUCUUGAUGCUUGGGCUGUUUGAGUGGAGCCAAGGGAAUGAGUCUGCGUGGAUGUAUAUCGGGGUUGCGAUUCGAAUGGCCAAGAUGAUGAAGCUCGAACUUGAUGACCAACGAAUGGGCCUGUUGGAGAAACAGACAUCCACAUCACAACAAUCUCGAACGGGGUCAGCCGAAGUCGCCAUCGUCAGAGAAACCCGACGGCGAACAAUGUACAGUUGCUUCAUUCUCGAUCGCUUAAUGGGAGGUGGAAGUGACAGAGCCCUUAGCACUCCGACCGAGACUUUGCGGAUACAGUUACCAUGUUCUGAAAUAGCAUUCGAUUUGUCUCUGCAUGUCUACACGGGGUUCCUAAGGCAGCCCGAAGGAUUUAUUCAGCCCCAGAUGAACGACGACAGUACUCUGAGUCAAUUUAUCAGACUGGUAGAUUUAUGGAGCGAUAUAUCGAUAUAUAGCUCAAAGGGUGGUCGUGAGCACGAAAAUCUUCCUCCUUGGGAUAAUAGGUCGAGAUUCUAUGAGUUAAGAGCCAAACUGAACGCAUUCUACAGCGGACUGCCCGAUACUUUUACCUUGUCCCGACAAAACUACUACCGCCACGACAACCAUCAAGCUACCAACACCUACGUCUCGCUGCAUAUGUUGACAUCGGCCUGUCAGAUCGUCCUUAACCGAGAAUACUUACCAUUCUUGCCCCUUCGCUGCCGAAGACCACAAGGUCCUCUUGACCGAACCCAACCUACGCUCGAUCAUGCUCUAGAUGGGUUUUGGGAAGAGAGUUCAGAAGAAGUUUUCCGAGCAUCUCGCAAUGUGAUCGACUUGAUUGAGCUCUGCAAAGACAAAUUACCCCUAUCAUCACUUACUGCAUUUUCCACCUGGCUGGCAGGAUUCAUGGCGGUAUAUGCUCGGCAUUUCCCCCACAUGGAUCUGAAGCAGAAAGUGACAAGUCAGCAAAUUCUUGAUUUCGCAGACACAUCAAACGUUCUCGAAGAGGAAAUGGUGGGAACAGCUUGCCAGGCGUUGCGAAGAGCUACGGCUUACUUACCCGCUGCAUCAAGCUAUUUGGAUAAUCUCGAGGGCACAAAUCGAUAUUUCUCGCAGAUGAGAAACCCUCUUGCCCAAAAUCGAGAAGCUGCUCGUUCGACGGGAUCGUCAGACGAUCGCAUACAAAGAAUGGACUCCGCGCAUCGCCACAGUACGAGCCCAACAUUACCGAGUAUGCUCUCAACCCUUGAAGAGCCCCCCAAACCUGCUGCUUCGAUAUCGAAAAGCCAAUUCUUGUUACCUGGAAUCGAUGAUGAACCUAUCGAAAUAGAUUCGCUAAAGUUCUUGAGGACGGAUAUUGAGGUGUUGGACUCGCAGCGGAUAAGCAAAGUCCUGAACGAUUUGGAAGGGUUUUCUGGCGCAGGAAGGUUAAGAGUGGCAUUCAAUUGA